AUGAGAAAAGGUGGAAAGAACAAUAUAGCUUAUAAGGCUGAUGUUGAAGAGACGGCUGAUUCAGACUGCGAGUUUUGUUUAUCUCCCUCUAUAAAUUGGGCAACUUCUAUCCUUUGGCAAGCUUCGGUUCCCCUCGGAAUCAGCAGAUUAUGUAUCUCUUAUGUAAUACUCUCUCUCUUCUCUAUGUUUUGUUUUAUCUUCAUUAAGUUUGGGUGUACCCACUCCCGUUGUUUGUUCUUGUGUGAGGAAUAAAAAGAAUAAUCAGGUUUGAGAAAUAAAAAAACUAGAGUAGUUUUAUUGA